AUGGCGUCCGACCUCCACGUAGCCGCUGUAAAAGGGGAUGUGCCUUAUUUGCUUGAGUUGCUCGCAAAAGAUAAGCUGCUUCUCAAUAAAAACAUGACUGAGAAUCAAGCUGAGACUCCUUUGCACAUUGCAGCCAUGCUCGGACACUUGGAUUUUGUGGAAGAGGUGCUAGCUCGGAAGGCUGAGCUGGCAAAAUAUCAAGAUUCUCAGGGAUCAACCCCUCUCCAUCUCGCGGCAGCAAAAGGGUUCCUUAACAUAGUGGUAAGCUUGUUAAGAGUCAACCCUGAUAUGUGUAAUGUUUGUGACAUAUACAAAAGAAACCCUCUUCAUGUUGCGGCCAUGAAAGGCCAUGUGGAUGUGUUGGAAUACUUGAUUCAAAAGAGACCUAAUGCAGCCCAUAGUUCCAUUGAACAUGGCCAGACAAUCCUGCAUUUAUGCGUGAUGCAUAACAGACUAGAAGCUUUGAAAUUUUCGAUAGAUAUCUUACCCAGUGAUCUCAUCAACUCAAGGGACCAACGCGGUAACACGAUUUUGCAUUUGGCUGCUACAUAUGGAGAAGCUAAGACUAUGCUCUUCUUGACUAAUAAAGGAGUUAAAUCAAACAUUAAGAACUCCAGAGGUUUCACAGCACUCGACCUAUUAGCACAAGGCAAAAGCGAGGAAAGAAAGAGAAAGUGGCAAAACAAUAUGCAUAAGACGCUGAUGGUGGUAGCGGCAUUGCUAGCUACCAUGGCAUUCCAAGCCAGUAUUACCCAACCAGGUGGCCUUUUUGAAGGAAAUUCCACUAAUGCAGGCACAUCUAUAAUGGCGGAAGAGGAUCCGGGAGUGUCCUACAUUUCGUCCGCGAACGCUGGACAGGAAGCAGGCCAGAGGGUCAAGGCGGGCCAGAGGGUCAUACGGUUUAGUGGCUGUGUGUGUAUAGCUGCAAAUGUGUUUGUUCCAGAAGAAGCGCCCUGA